AUGGCGAUGGUGACGAGUGGGAAGGAUUUGGGGAAAGGGGGGAUAGAUGUGGGGAAGUAUGUUAGGUAUACGCCGGAGCAGGUGGAGGCGUUGGAGAGGGUUUAUAGUGAGUGCCCUAAGCCGAGUUCGAUGAGAAGGCAGCAGUUGAUUAGGGAGUGUCCUAUCCUUUCUAACAUCGAGCCGAAGCAGAUCAAGGUUUGGUUUCAGAAUCGCAGAUGCCGAGAGAAGCAAAGAAAGGAGGCCUCUCGGCUACAAACAGUCAACAGAAAACUCACUGCUAUGAACAAGUUGUUGAUGGAGGAAAAUGACCGACUCCAGAAGCAGGUGUCUCAGCUUGUGUACGAGAAUGGCUAUAUGCGCCAGCAGCUGCACACUGCUUCUGUGGCCACUACAGACCCCAGUUGUGAGUCUGUGGUGACAAGUGGUCAGCACCACCAACAACAAAACCCAACUCCUCAGCAUCCUCAGCGGGAUGCCAAUAACCCAGCUGGUCUACUCGCAAUUGCUGAGGAGACCUUGGCAGAGUUCCUUUCCAAGGCGACAGGAACUGCUGUCGAUUGGGUUCAGAUGGUUGGGAUGAAGCCUGGUCCGGAUUCUAUUGGAAUCAUUGCUGUUUCCCACAAUUGCAGUGGUGUAGCAGCCCGAGCUUGCGGUCUUGUGAGUUUAGAACCUACAAAGGUUGCAGAGAUUCUCAAAGAUCGCCCAUCUUGGUUUCGCGACUGCCGCAGCCUUGAUGUGUUAACUGUGAUCCCUACUGGAAACGGGGGGAAUAUUGAACUUAUCUAUAUGCAGACUUAUGCUCCUACAACUUUGGCAUCAGCGCGCGACUUCUGGACUCUCAGAUAUACUACUGGCCUAGAAGAUGGAAGUCUUGUGAUAUGCGAGAGAUCUUUGACUCCCACAACUGGUGGUCCAGCAGGGCCUCCUGCUCCUAAUUUUGUUAGAGCUGAUAUGCUCCCGAGUGGUUACCUGAUUCGACCUUGUGAGGGAGGUGGCUCGAUGAUUCACAUUGUUGAUCAUGUUGAUUUGGAUGCUUGGAGUGUCCCUGAGGUGCUUAGGCCUCUCUAUGAAUCACCAAAAAUUCUGGCACAGAAGAUGACCAUAGCGGCUUUGCGCCAUAUUAGACAAAUUGCUCUGGAAACCAGUGGUGAGGUUGUCUAUGGUGGGGGGCGUCAGCCUGCUGUAUUGAGGAACUUUAGUCAGAGAUUGAGCAGGGGUUUCAAUGAUGCAGUGAAUGGAUUUGCUGAUGAUGGCUGGUCAUUGCUGGGCAAUGAUGGUGUAGAGGAUGUUACUAUAGUGAUCAACUCAUCCCCAAGCAAACUUCUUGGAACCAAUGUGAAUUCUUCUGGAAUGUUCUCUUCCUUUGGCGGUGGGAUCCUAUGUGCGAAGGCAUCUAUGUUACUACAGAAUGUGCCGCCAGCUUUACUUGUUCGCUUUUUGAGGGAGCAUCGCUCUGAGUGGGCAGAUUGCGGAGUUGAUGCAUAUUCUGCUGCAUCACUGAGGGCUAGUCCGUAUGCAGUUCCUGGUGGUAGAGUUAAUGGUGGAUUUUUUGGUGGACAAGUGAUACUACCUCUUGCUCAUACUGUGGAGCAUGAAGAGUUUUUGGAAGUGAUCAGGCUUGAAGGUCAUGGCUUCGGGCAUGAUGAUGUUGUUCUAGGAAGGGACAUGUACUUAUUGCAGCUCUGCAGUGGAGUUGAUGAGAAUGCUGUUGGUGCAUGUGCCCAACUUGUAUUUGCUCCCAUUGAUGAAUCUUUUGCUGAUGAUGCCCCUCUACUGCCUUCGGGUUUCCGAGUUAUUCCGCUGGAUCCUAAAACAGAAACACCUGCUGCUACUCGAACUUUAGACCUUGCAUCCACACUUGAAGUUGGUUCUGGUGCUGCAUCACGGCCAAAUAGUGAUAGUGCUUCAAAUGCAUACAACCAAAGAUCGGUCCUGACCAUUGCAUUCCAGUUUACCUACGAGAACCACCUUCGGGAAAAUGUCGCUGCUAUGGCACGGCAGUAUGUUCGUAGUGUUGUGGCUUCUGUUCAAAGGGUUGCCAUGGCAAUUACUCCUUCGCGACUGGGUGCACACAUUGGGACAAAAAAUCCCCCUGGAUCUCCUGAAGCCCUCACUUUAGCUCGCUGGAUUUCUCGCAGUUACAGGUUUCACACUGGAGUUGAACUGCUUAGGGCGGACACUCAGGCCGGUGAUUCUUUACUGAAACUUCUGUGGCAUCACACUGAUGCAAUCAUGUGCUGUUCUCUUAAGGCCUCACCUGUCUUUACUUUCGCCAAUCAAGCCGGUCUUGACAUGCUGGAAACCACUCUCGUCGCUUUGCAAGACAUUAACCUGGAGAAGAUUCUCGAUGAUAAUGGCCGGAAAGUCCUUUGCUCUGAAUUCUCCAAGAUAAUGCAACAGGGCUUCGCAUAUUUGCCGUCCGGCGUCUGCCUUUCGAGCAUGGGUCGACCGGUGUCCUACGAACAAGCCUUAGCUUGGAAGGUCAUGAAUGAAGAAGACUCUCCACACUGUCUUGCUUUCAUGUUUAUGAACUGGUCCUUUGUUUGAUGUUGUGAUGAUGUUCUUAAGUUUAUGAAAAACAAACACUUUGUUUUGUUGAAAACCAUCAGUGACCCUUUUUAAAAAAACACUACUAUCAAGUGUGUAAACUCUCUAAAAACUUGUGCUAUGAAAAACUCUUGGUUUGCUUGUGUUUUCA